AUGAGGUGGGAUGGGGAAGAGCAGAAAGGAGGGAGGGAAGGUGGAAGAGCGGAAACGGUGGGGAAAGGGGAGGGGCAGUGGGAGAGCGGAAAGGAGGGGAGGGUGGGUGGUGGGAGAGGAAAAGGGCCGGGGACGGGAGAUGGGAGUUUGGCACGAAGGCAAGAGAAGGUUGGGGAGGCGGUGCAGUCCAGGGUGCCAAAGUCGCCCCUUAUCCCCCUUCUCCCCCCCUUCCCCUUUGUGGUCUCCCCUUUCGUGGCCUCCCUUUCCGUGCUCUCCUCCUUCGCCCCACUCCUCACCUAUUCCCCCCCCCCUUUCCUCCGCUCUCUCCCCACCUCUCUCCCCCUUGCUGUCCACGCUCACUCGUUGGCAGUUUCUCAACGGUGCGACGACCUAAGGCCCCCCCAUCAAACCCCCAUCCUCUUGCUCCCCUCUAUCCCUCGUGUCUCCACACCACCUCGUGUCUACAUGUUAUUCCCUUUCCCUCCCUCUCCCCCUCUCCCCAUCCGUCCGUCCAUCCCUCCAUCCCUCCAUCUGUCUCUCUCUCCCUCUCCCACACCUUCCCCCCAUCCUUCCUUUCUUCCCUCCCUCCAUCCCUCCCUCUCUCUCUUUGGCAUCCACAUUCAAUGCUGGGUUCUCACCUCUUCCCAUCUCGCCUUCCGUUCUCCCCUCUCAUACGCACAUUCUUUUUGUCAGAACAACCUGCCCCACCCAUAUCCCCUCCAGCAGGAGGCCUCGGUUGCUGUCCUCCUCCUCUCCUCGAGAUGA